GAUUUUCCCGGCGGGCGUCCGUCUUUGGGUCCCCGGUGCCUGCUCGGCACGUGCCGCAAGGUUCCCGCGAGCCACUCUGCCGGGGUGCAGCCGGGCGGCGCCGGCCGGCCUGCGCGUCACGUGACCGGCCUUCCCCGACUUUCUCGCGGCGCCAGCGCCGCUUGUUGUUCGCUCCAACCGCACAUCUAAACACCCCCCGACCCCACCCGCCGAACCACGGCCCCUCCCAGCUUCUGCGUUUUCUUGCGUCCUGCAGCCUGCGCCCCUGUCGCCCGACUUCUGCCCGUCCACAAACAGAGCCGCCCGUGAGGUUGCGCGGUAGUUUGUAUCUGGCCCCGCCCCAGCUGCCUGCGGCCCCCAAAGCCAGCGCCCCGACGCGAAUCCCCAGCGCCGAAACGCAAGAACGAACCCGGCAAGACCCGGCAGAACCCCCUGGCUCCCCCCGGCGAAACCCGCGGCGAAAUGGCGCCGAAACCCGACAAGCGGCCGCUGUUCCAGCCGAAAGACAUGGUGUUGGCCAAGAUGACCGGGUUCCCCGCGUGGCCGUCCUUCGUCAUGCCGCCGGACAUGGUGCCCGAGGCCAUCUUGAAGGCCAAGAAAAAAACCACCAACACGUGCGUGAUCUUCAUCCCCGACGGGGACUUCAACUGGAUGAACGAGAAGUCGCUCGAGGUCUUGUCUCCGGAGAAGCUCCGCGCCAAGAUCGACAAGAUCCCCAAGGACAAGUUGAAGACCAAGGCCAAGAAAAAGUCCGCGCGGACGAGCAACGUCGUGGAGGCGCUCGUGGCCGCCAGCGGCUUGCAGUUCGACGCGUUCAUGGCCGACUUGGCAAGCGCCAAGGCGGCGCUUGACGACGGUCCCGACGGCGCUGACGACGGCGGCCGUGUGUCCGAGGAGGCCCUGCCGGAUGCGGACGUUCUGGCUGAAGACGCCGACAACAGCGAGGGCCAAAAAGACGAGACCGCGCUCGACGGCCAUGAAAACGGGGCCCAUGACGACGGGGCCCAUGACGACGGGGCCCAUGAAGACGACGCGAAUAAUGACGGGGCCCCCAAAGACGGGGCCUCCAAAGACGGGCCCCACAAAGAUGGACUGCCUGCCGCUCGCGACAAGGCCGCCGUGUCCGAGCAGCCGGCGCCCAAGAAACGCGCCGGCUCGCCCAGGACCAAGGCCAUGAGCGAAAGCGACCGCCAGCACCAGCUCUGGCUCUGCCGCAUCAAGCUCCAGCGCUCGUUGAUCCAGCGCAACCAGCCGGUGACGCCGAAGGACCCCAAGAGCUUCCCGCCGCCCUCGGUGGACGAGCUCCUGAUGGCGCGGAUCAUCUUGCAGAAGCUCGCGGACUUCCCCGUGACGGUGGACUUGUUGCGCGACACCAAGAUCCACAAGGUGUUGAAGUGCAUUGUCAAGGACGGCGACUUGGAGUACCCGGACAGCUUCCGACUACAUGAGAAGUGCACCGAGCUCUUGGAAAAGUGGCUGUGCUUGAUCGAAGGCAUCAAGCUGGGCAAGGCCGUGAAGACCGAGUCGCGCGUCGGCAGCUCCGCGCCCGAGGACUCCGAGAUCUCGGCUAUCGAGCUCAAGCACACGCUAGACAAGAGCGACGCGGGCAAGAUUGGCGCCUAG